ACCUCACUCAUUAGAUUUCCUUCGUAACGUCCCGUUCACAAGUGAAGAUGCUGCUGCGCCUCUGUGUGGAAGCCUGUGAUGUGCGCCAGCGGAACAGCUGUAUCUUCGUAUCCCGGUGAACUUCUGACGAGACAGAAGCACCAAGGACCGAGAAACAGCUCCUGAGACUCACAGACUGAAGCUGCUGUCCAGGGAUCACUUCACUACUGAAGGAACAACGCGUUUUGACUUCAUAUGUUUCUUCAUGCGUAAAGCUGGAGAGCUUGAGGUUAACUUUGAGCUUUCUGUUGUUCGAUUUGAAACGCUGCCAUCAGGCAUUUACUAGUAAAUCACUGUAAAUAUUGCAUAGUAACUUUAUUUCACUUUAUUGAAACCAUUCAGUGUUCGCUGUUCAGAUGAGACUGUCAGUUAUACGCGCGUCUCCAAACGAGGACGCACGGAGAUCUCAGAGGGGUCGAGAUUAUUUACUCUCAUUCGAUUUUGUACAUUCAAUGUCGCUUCGCUGUAAAUGACCCUAAAUUACAUUAUUAUAAAUGUAAUCUUGUCAUCGUUAAGGCAGUAAUAAACCCGCUAAGAAAAAAAAAAAAAUCAAACUUCGUGCGCUAAAGAAGUUUUAGUUUUUCGGGCAGAGCAAUCAGCGUCACAAUUAUUAUUUUUUUUGGGGUGGGAGGAAAUCUGUUUUACAAAGUGGAAUAUCUUUUAAAUUGAAAAACCGUGAUCUGUGUCUUGCCGCAUUGCCCAGGACUGUUUUGUAUGCUUAAAAUGGACUUGGAAGAGAUCCCGUGGAGGAUGCAAGGGAGCACUCGUUUGGAAACAACACAGGGACACAACGAGAGCAACUGAGUGACCAAACAAAAAAAGACUCCUGGAAAGCUUAUCCCAGCAUGGCCUCGGUUAUGGAGAACGGCUGCUCCAUGGAGCUGAGCGCCUGGAACAGCAGUGUGAGCAGCGCCGGAGCCUCCUUGCCCUGCAACCAGAGCAUCCUGAAGCUCGCCCCUUACUCCCCUGAAGCCACGGCGGCCUUCGCCACCGCAAUAACCCUGAUGGUCCUCUUUACCAUCGUGGGGAACAUCAUGGUCAUCAUCGCUGUCCUGACCAGCCGGUCUCUCCGAGGACCGCAGAAUCUGUUUUUAGUGUCACUGGCUGCUGCAGACAUUUUAGUGGCCACACUCAUCAUCCCCUUUUCUCUGGCCAAUGAACUGCUUGGCUACUGGUACUUCAAAUCUCUAUGGUGUGAGAUCUACCUGGCGCUGGAUGUGCUGUUUUGCACCUCCUCCAUUGUGCACCUUUGCGCCAUCUCACUGGACCGCUUCCUGUCCAUUUCCAGGGUUACUUACGGGCGUCAGCGGACUCCCAAACGCAUCAAAGCCGCUAUUGUGGUGGUGUGGCUCAUCUCUGCCGUCAUCUCUUUCCCUCCCCUGCUCUCACUGAACAAAAGCGAAGGAGGGGAUGAGGGGAGUGAGGGGGGACCUCAAUGCAGGCUUAAUGAUGAACGCUGGUACAUCCUUUACUCCACCAUCGGCUCCUUCUUUGCUCCAUGCCUCAUCAUGAUUCUGGUCAACAUAAGAAUCUACCAAAUUGCCAAGCAGAGAACACGUUGUCCACCAGGAGAGCCCAGGAAGGAUGGGGUCGGCUCUGCUACACCAAGUCAGCCUCCACGACAUGUACAAGCCAACGGUAAGGAUGAUGAAGAAAGCACACCCCCGUCAUCGAACAAAACAUCCAAUGUCAGACCCCCAACCCUCGCCAUCACCCCUUCUCCUUCCCCAGGAGAGACUCAAACCUCCCAAAAUCCCACCUCCAAUAAUCUUCUGCAACCUCCAUCCCCUUCUCUAGCCAUGACCCCUGUUACAACCUCCCUUGAUACUUCUCCUCAUGACCCCUCAACUCCCUCCUCUGUGCCUCAGUCUGCCCCUGCCAAGACUAAAGAGAAGGGGAAGAAGGGCAAGCGGCAGAGAGGGAAAAAAGCUGACAAUAACAAUGGUGACAGCUCAAGCACAGACAGCGAUAUGGAGCACAGCCAUGGAGGAGGCCGAGGCAGCACCAGCAUGCCAGGAUCACCUGCGGGAGGGGGGGUCCACUCCCCAGCCUCAGUCAAGCGUUACCGGGACAUGAUCGCCACUUCGAAGGGGGCUCGGCUGGUGCCAGGGAGGAGGUCAAAAACAGAGAACAACCCUGGAGCAGCGAGGCGCAAAGCGAUGGCUAACAGAGAGAAGCGUUUCACAUUUGUUCUGGCGGUGGUAAUCGGUGUCUUUGUGGUGUGCUGGUUCCCGUUCUUCUUCUCCUACUCUCUGCAGGCAGUGUGUCCGGAGACAUGUGCCAUCCCUGGUCCACUCUUUACGUUUUUCUUUUGGAUCGGUUACUGCAACUCCUCACUCAACCCAGUCAUCUACACCAUUUUCAACAAAGACUUCAGAAAUGCCUUCAAAAAGAUACUGUGUAGUAGCACCAAGGGUACUUUCUUUUAGCAUACAUAUCCCCUGUAUAGGACAUGGACUAAAAAAGCAUAUAAAAAUCAAUAAUUUCCAUUUCCGAACACUCAAAGGGCUGUCUUAAAAAAAUGUUGAACUGUGGAAAUUCCAGCAUGAAGUUCAGAACUGAGAGACACUCUUUUACAGCCACAGUGUGCCAAACAGGCAACUUGGACUGUGAAAUCGCAGCGUUCAUCAGAUACACGCAUACAUUUUUACAUAGUGUGGGAUGAAAACAGGACAUGGAAUAUAGGCAGCAGUCAAGUAUUUAGUGCUGCCUCUAUUCCAUGAAAAAAAGGAUUUACACUUCAGUAUUGCUGAUACGAUUUCAAUUACAACGUUUUAUCUCCAGAUCACUUUGAAUUAUGGAUAAUGCUGAGGUACAGGGGGUGCAGAAUCAUUGAAGAAAUGUAGGCUAUACACUCUUACAAGUGAUAAGUCGUAAAACUGACAGAGGGAAGCAGGAGAACAGUUGAGAAUGAACUCCUAAAUAAGAAUACAGACAGUUUAAUGUAAAAUAUAUAAUAUUUUGUAAUUAUUAAAUUCUACAGGACUAAUGGGAAAAGAAAACAAGUAUAAAUAAGAAAAGUGACCUUAGGUUUCUGUGAGCCUAUGGCCAUUUAUUUAUCAAUACAGAGCACAAGGAGCACGCAAGCUUAGUGGUGAUUUCUUACAUCUGCAGUCCUAAUUUGCCCAGCUGCAGGGCAAACAUGUGUUCCCCGAUUUUUAUCUAAAACGCGCAGCAGCAGCAACAACAACAACAACAAGAGAAGGUUUCUGACGAUUUCAAACGGGAUGGCACAGACAAGGGCACCCUUUCAAAUUGAACUUGAGGGCUUUCAUAAGGAAAGUCUGCACAUCAGACACCUUGCUUGUGGCUUGGUGUGGGUCAUAAUGGACAAUCAGGUUGUUUGUAAUGAAACUCGUGGCUUUCAACUUUUAUGAAAUACAGAAUAAGCUUAAGUGUGGGGUAAUUUGGACUUAAAAGAAAACAACAAAAUGUUAUUGAGAUGUGAAAAUAAGACAAUGUGAUAAUCCUCAUCCUCUUAGCUUUGCUUUUUCAUGCUAUUUAACUUAACCUGGACAUUCACACCAAUGGACUGGAUUGAGCAAUCCUUUUUAAUGAACAUGUGACAAUGACAUUUGAGGAACAAUCAAAACUGUUUUUAGCCUCUUGAAAGUGUUUCAAAUGUUAUUCACAGUAUCUAAUGGGAGGUACAUCCGCUGAAGACUGAAAAAAAACUAAAAUAAUUCAACGUUAUUUUCCAGAACCCUGUUUAAGUGGGCAGACAUUUACAUUGACUGUAAAGGACACAUAAACAAUGUAAUUAUGGAUGUGUAAUGUUAUCCCUAAUUACGCCUACAUGGGUUAUUCUGAGAACCAUUUGGUUGAGUCACUCUUUACCAACGCCUCUGGUACAUCGUCACCUGCAGUGGACCUCAACAUGGCACAUUUGGUUUAUAGCUGAGAGGCAAGAGCAUGAAUGGUACAUUUAUUUUUCUCACCAUGAGACUGAGGCUCUGUCAGCUUCCUCGAUAAAAAAGAAAAGAAAAUGUGUCUGUAAAUGUGAACAGCACACAGGCUUAUUGACUCAAUGGGACAAGGGCUGUCAGCAGCAACACUUCAAUUUACUAAUUGUCUAAUACUGCUGACCUGUGUGUGUGUGUGUGUGUGUGUGUGUGUGUGUGUGUGUGUGUGUGUGUGUGUGUGUGUGUGUGUGUGUGUGUGUGUGUGUGUGUGUGUGUGUGCGCGCGUGCGUGCGUGAGUGUUGAAUUUAAUGCUUUUCUGUAAAGAGUGUCAGUGCCUCUUCUGGCUGCUAUGUACUGCAGAUCUAUUGUAAUAUUGAUAAGAAUAGAGACCAGAAUACCUGGUGCAGGCAUCACUUUGUGAAUGUUUCUACUUGAUGGACAGAUCAGUAGUAUAUCGCUACAUUGAGUUAAGUCUUAUUGAACUGAAAGUCAGUUUAUCAGUACAUGGCUAUUUAGUGAACACCCUCUAGGGACCAAAGAGCCUUAUAGGACACCAGCCUGACUCAGUGAUAUCUGGCUCUGUGUUGCUUUAAUGAAGUAUUACUUUAUAUUUGGUGUAUGUGAUGGGAGGAAAUGAUUGAAAACACUGUAUUAUUUAUUUCAAACUAUUUGUGUUUUCUGUCUAUUACCUAUUUAUUGUUCAGUUAGGCUUCUGUGCUUUUAUUCUGAAAGACAAGCAAAGUGGAACUGAUAUCAAAGCGCGAGAUCACUGUACAGAUUUUUAAUAUCUUUAAUAAGAGCUGAAUUGAUUUGUGCCGUCGAGCUCUUGCUUUGUGGAGAUCGAGCUAUAUUUGAGUUUGGGAUGUAUUUGUGUUGAAUUGAAGGAACACAAACUUUGAGUUAUGUGCAUAAUGCAGAAUCUACAAAUGUAACAUAUGUCAUUGUUUCAUCAAGUUAUAGUGCAGCAAAAUGUUCAAUCAGAAAUACAAGCACAGUCAUGGAUGUACAUUUUUUUAAGCAUACUGCAGCAGGAAAAUCUCUCUUCAGCACUGUUUUCCUGAAAAAGUAAUCGAACAUGAAAAUGUCAUUAGCACCCGUAGCCUGUUUCAGUUGGAUGAUUUGCAGGCUUUUUGCAGAUUACAAUCCAUAUCACACAGAGAUGUUUGGAGAUUCAAAUAACUGAUAAAACAAAAUGGUUGAGAGUAAGAGCUCUGUGCACUUAAACAUCUGUUCCCUUCACUCAUCUGAAAGGGUAAUUUUCUCUCCAGAAAUACAAACAGCUACAGCAACGCAAUUACAACAAACAUAGCCACAGAGGCCAUGAAUCCAUGGCCGUUUCUAAUAAAUAUGAGUUGCAAUGCUGCUCAAAUCCCCCAACCAUGGGUUUAUGUGGUGAGACUGCUGCUUUGUUUACUUAAAAAAGUAUGAUUUAUGGCUAAAAGGUGAUGCAGUAAUCAGUCUCUUGAUCACCAUCCUCUCCCCUGAAACUCUUCUCCUACUGUGUUUGGACCAAACUGCAUGGUCUGAGCUUUACAAUCUUCUAUCCCCCCAUCUGUCAUCUUCCCUCUCCAGUUUGGAAAUAAAGCUACUUGAAAAAUCACGA